UUUCAUUUUCGAUUCAGAAGAUGAUGCACGAAAGACCCAACCAUGGCCUCUGGGGUGACAGUGACUGAUGAAGUUAUUACAGUCUUCAAUGUGAUGAAGGUCCGUAAGGCCCAGGCGAACGAGGAUGAGAAGAAGAAGAGGAAGGAGGCAGUGCUGUUCUGUCUGAGCGAGGACAAGAAGAACAUUAUCCUUGAAGCAGGUAAAGAGAUUCUGACCGGUGAUGUGGGUACCACCAUCGCAGACCCUUUCCUGCACUUUGUCAAGUUGCUGCCUGCAGACGACUGUCGCUACGCCCUCUUUGACGCAACCUAUGAGACCAAGGAGACCAAGAAGGAUGACCUUGUCUUCAUCUUCUGGGCCCCAGAAGGUGCUCCACUGUAGAGCAAAAUUAUAUAUGCCAGCUCAAAGGAUGCCAUUAAGAAGAAAUUCACAGGUUUCGAGCAUGAAUGGCAAGUUCACGGUUUGGAGGACAUCAAAGAUCGGUGCACCUUAGCAGAGGAGCUUGGAGGCUCAUCAGUGGUCACACUUGAAGGUGGGCCUGUAUAAAUC